AUGCUCAACCACAAAGUCCUCAACGUGCUCUUGCAGCUGCUGGACGACGGCCGUCUCACCGACUCGCACGGGCGCACGGUCGACUUUACCAACGUUGUCGUCGUUCUCACCUCGAACGUUGGCGCCGAGCAUCUCUUGCCGUCGCCCGUCCAGAGUCCGUCCAAGCGCCCGCGCCUCGACACGACCGUGGUAUCUCUCGACGCACAAAAGGCUCGCGUGCUGGCCGACUUGCGCCGGUACCUGCGUCCCGAGCUGCUCAACCGCCUCGAUGACGUCAUUGUGUUUGAGCCACUGGGCAAGGCACAGCUGCGCGAUAUCGUGCAGCUGCAACUGCGCUCGGCCGAGACACGGCUCCAGGACGCGCACCAAGUGUCGAUGGACGUGACGACGGCCGCGCUCGACGCCAUCUUGGACGUUGCGUACGACCCGCAGUAUGGCGCCCGCCCGCUCAAGCGCUACAUUGAAAAGCACGUGGUGACGGCGCUGAGUCGGCGGCUCUUGGACGGUUCACUGCGCGCCAAGGGCCACGUGACCUUGUCGGCCACUGAUGGAUCGCUCACGUUUGAGAUUGACAACCCCGACGUCAACAUGGCUCCGUAA